AUGCAUCGAUUUGAAUUUGAUACUGAUUGCCGGAAGUUAUUAGCAGUAGAGGAUAUCCCAAAAGUUGUGUCCACUGUAGACAAAGCAACUCAGGCUUUGAGAUAUCGUUUUCAGCUAGUUGCUCAACGUAUCGCACGAUGUAAACAGCUGCAAGACAUUAGAUUCAGUACAAUAGAAUCACUGUUGGCUACUUCACGACGACAAAACUCUGUUGUCGUUAUUGGGAUGCUCACGCAGCAAAAAAGCCAUUGUUAUCAUAUUGAAGAUCUAACUGGUUCUUUGCAAGUGGAGUUCAACGAUGAAACUAAAUUCCAGCAAGGUAUAUUCACGGAAAACAGCGUUGCUAUCUUUCAGGGGUCAUUUGAAGCUUCACUGCUUGUUGUUCGUGAGGUCGCAUUUGUGCCUUUGGAGAGUGCUGAAGAUACACGCAAGAAAUUUGGAAAUGUCAAUUUUUUUGGUGGUGAUGAUCCGAUAGCCUUCCGCUGCAAUGCCAAACUUUGCGUUGCAGAACGUAGUAACCCAAAUGCACAGAUUGUGAUCCUUUCCGAAGUCCACUUAGAUGAUAUUACAGUUAUGAAGGCUGUGCAUCAAAUGUUAUCUGGAUUUUCUGGAGAUCCACCUUUGGCCUUCAUAUUUUGCGGAAACUUUUGCUCACGACCUAGACAGCAAGACACGAUGGAGGCUCUCCGUAUAGGAUUCGAAAGGCUUGCAAAUCAACUCAAUGUUUUUGCCCCUUCGUUCUCAUCCACUCACUUUGUAUUCGUACCAGGUCCAGAUGAUCCAUGUUUCAAUAUGGCGAGAUCUACAGCCCUCCCGCGUCCACACCUUCCUGGAAUAUUAUUCAAAUACCUUGAACAAUUGCCAAAUUGUUUAUUUGCGACUAAUCCUGUGCGAAUACAAUACGCUAGCCAAGAAAUAAUCGUCAUAAGGAACAACUUGGUUGAAAAGAUGUGCAGACAUGCUGUUAACACAGUUGCUGCUGAAAGCAUCGAGAGAAGCUUUGCAAAAACAAUCCUGAGUCAGGCUCAUCUUUCUCCUUUACCACCUCACGUAGCUCCGAUACUAUGGGAUUUUGAUCAUGUAAUGGCUAUGCAUCCAAUGCCAGAUCUCCUAGUAGUUGCUGAUCAUUUCAAGUCCUUCGCUGAGAUACUGGGAGAUACCGUUGUUUGUAAUCCUGGAUCGUUUUCAAACAGUUCGUUCGGGUUUCAUGUCUAUCUGCCAUUUGAAAGAAAAAUCGAGGACAGUGCUAUUGAUCUGACUUCUGAGCGUAACUAA